UGCCACACGCCGCCGCUCCGCCACGCCACCGCCACUACCCUCUGACAGGGUGGUGACCGGGGCACUUCCCUUACGCCUCCCUCCGUGGGCGUGGGUCAUGAGGAGUCAGAAUGAGAGGGCGUAUGGGAGAUUGAUCGCGGGCGUGGGCAGGGAGGAGGAGCCAGAGGAGAGGAAGGGGCGGGAUAUGUGGUAAGGGAAUGUUGAGUCGUGGGGAGAGGAGGCGGGUCGCGUCGGGGGCUGGCGGGAGGUGGGGGUAACUCCUGGUGGCCUAGCGGUGCUGAACUCUCUAGUCGGUGGCGCACGCUGCCCGUGGACUGGUGUGUGUGUGCCGCGCGUCCUCCUGCCUGCUCCGGGACUGGCCUUCCUCGCUAUCUCCUUCAAGGGGUAUAUGUGGUAACUGGCACCAGAGCGAUGUCAGGUAGGAGUUAGUGAGUGAAACUGUGGACCAGUAAUGACUUAGUUUGCUGGCAGUUGCCAGUCUCCACUAUGUAACUGUGUUGCGUGCCCACCGCCGGCUGGCCGCAACACAGGAAUCUGGUGUGCCCAUGGCAUGUGUGCCCUGGGGGCGGGUGUCGGCCCAGCCUGACCUGGGCUGCCCUGGGUCCUGUCCGCCACAAUAAAUUACCCCAGAAGACAUGGACGGCCUGAAAGGCGUCAAGUCUGCUGCUCUGGGCGGGUCCGGGGCGGGGCUUGGGGCGGGCGUGGGCGUAGGACCAGGGUCUUACCUGGCGAGUAUGGAGACGCUCUUGGGAGACUACAUGGAGCGACUCGGGACGCGCCUAAAUGUGCUGGAGACGGAACUGCGUUACGCCUGGCGUGCCCUGGACAUGCUCUCGCAGGAAUAUGUCAAAAUGUGGGAACGACUAGAGAAGCUGGAAAUCCUGCUGUAUGAACAGCAGGCCGUCAUCGCGCAGCUCCUUGAGUUCUACACCGCCUUUGAUCUGCAGGCCCUUUUAGCUGAGAAGGAGGACCCAGCUCUUCCUGUCGAUGCUGCCACUGCAGCUGUUGCCGCUGCGGUAGUUUCAGCUCCAGUCGCUACUGCUGCCCCAACAGACGACAACUCCGAAAACCGCCUCCCGGACGAAGCUUUCUAUCGCAGCCUGAACAACGCGCACCGCGACAACUUGUCACAAGUACCAGAGGCAACAGAUCAGGAACUGGCCAGGAUAUGGAGUUUAGACGGUACUGAGAAGGACACGGACGCUCCAGACGCUAGGAAGAAGGAGAAGGAACGGGAGAAAGAAAACGAAAAGGAUGAAGUGUACACAGCAGAUGACUAUAAAGACUACCGAGGGGAGAGCAUCAAUGAGCACGGCCUGCAGGAGCUGAGGAAAUUCACCACGUUGGACAAAGUUGCCCUUGGAAAGCUGAAAGAGCUAGAUGCUCUCAGCGCCAAGCUACUAAAGGAUUCUCAGAACUUGCGCGACUUGCGAGAGAGAUUAAUUUCUUCAUCACCCAAAUUGGGUUCACCUACCUCCACCUCCCCCAGACCUCCUCCUAAACCUGAGGCUGCAGCCAGUACCGCCUCAGUAACCAUCACUCAGCAGGUAGACAAUAAGAUGGCAGAAUCUGUUGUCGACGUUAAGUUACGCCAGAUGUAUCUGGACUCAAACCUUGAAGACUGGAACUUUGGGCCAAAGGUAAGUGAGCCCCAGCGCAGCCGCCCUAACUCCCAGUUGUCCACUGACAGCAACGCUACAGACUCUGAGAUCAUGGCAGCGCUUGGUAUAAAGUCGUCAGGUUCUGUUAUUGGUUCACCUAGACACAGUACCCACGCCAAGGUGCCAUCACCCCUAGCUCUGACAGAGCCUGGUGCUGGAGGAGCCAGCAAGGAUGCACUUGCGAUGACUGACUUUAGUAUCAUUGGACGCAAGACCCCUGAUCCGCUUGCAUCAGGUGACAAGAACCUUGGCACUGCUUCUCCUACUUUCUUCUCAGCAUCGAAUGAAAAAAUGAGAUCGUCUUCACCCUUUGGGGCCUCUAGAACUCGGCAGGAUGGCUACAUCAGUUCCCCACGAUCUGGUAGUCCAAAGGAUGCCACACCACGCAACAAGAAGAUCUCUCUCACUCCCACUGGUUUGGAGCCUGGCUCCACUGGAAAGAGACCCUCCACACCGUCGUUCGUGACGAAAGAGCUGGGCCAUAGUCCUAGAGCUACCCCACGUCUUAUGAGUCCUAAGAGCCCUAAGAGCCCAAAGAGUCCCAAAUCUCCCCGGACAGUGAAGACGCCCUCACCUAUCCGGUAUUCUGAAAUGGGCAAGUAUGACUCAGGCAUCUCUACCCUGAGCAGCAGCAUGAGCACCUCUUCAAGCAUCGAAAAGAGUCCUACUAGCCCUCGGCCUGGUCGGCGAGCGUCGCCUUAUAGGGCGGACCGCACCGAGCGGCUGGAGGACAUAUACCUGCCGUCCGCAUCCUCAGCCGCCAUGCUUAUAGCCGCUACAACGACGCCGGCCAGCUUCCCUUCCGCCUCACUCUCCGCCUCCCUCAACGAUCAGUUCAGGCUGGGCACGCUGGCUGGACAAACGAAGGCGUUCAGCACGACGCCCAUCCCUGAGGAGGCGACGCAGCCCACCACAACGAGUUCCUUUAUACACAUAUCAACGUCUAAGCCAGAUAUUGUGAACACUGCACUAUCCGCUGAGAAAACUGACCCUCGACUCGUCUUUAUGAGCUCGGGUUUGCCAUCAUCUGGCACAGGUGUUGCCGCUUCUGGCAAUAUUCCCUCAGGCUACCUUACUCUCAGUCCCCGCAAAGCUGGGACCAAGACCAGGAAAAGCAGUGGGAACUUUGAAGAGGAAUCUUUUAGCAUCUAUGCUCUCACGGCUGAUCCCGUUGCCCGGGCUAAUAGCGGGAAAAACAAGGAGAUGUUCUUCGAGGACGUCCUGAUGAGUUCAUCAGCGCCACCUCCACCGCCUGCUCCAACAGCCAGCACAUACUCUCACUACUACAGCGGCUCGCGGUCUAGUGUGGCUUCCUCCUCACUGCUCACCAAUACCUCGCUAGCUGAUACUUACGCCUCCAGUCUCUCUAUUUCCCCCGGCUUAGACCGGCCAUAUCCAGGAAAGCCGCCACCACAGCAGCAGCAGUACCCGCCCUCACCGUAUAUCAACGAACCUAAGUACUCCGCCCCGGCUUACCUGAACGCCGCUGGGGAGCUCAAGUUCGUCGGUCAGCAUUCUCGAAGGUUCGACCACUUGUCUGACCUGGACUCAGGACGCUCUGAGAACCGUCACAGCUUUGGAGCAGACAGCUCAGACUCUAUAUCCUCCUAUUCCUCAUCUUCCAGUUUUUAUCCAUCUUCGGGACCAGGCAGCAAGGAUACCAUGAAAUAUAAAUACCAACCCUCGUAUGGACAGCCACCACCCUACUCUGCUGCCACCUCCUCGUCUCACAUUGUCAGCAGGUACGUGCCCAUGGAGGAUGGCGUCAAAGGUAACACCGUCAUGGGGUACAAACAAAUAUAUGGGUAUGAUCCUGCACAGCCCAUGUUGCGUGAUCUGGCCUAUGAAUCCUCUGAUGCUUACAUGAACACUUAUCCCCCAAAGGAACGCUACAGGCCUGGUCCCAGCGUGGCUGAAUCCCCACUGCUCAAAAGUGAGGACCUGUCAGGUUCCUUGAGAGAUAUGGAGAACAUUUUGUCGUCAGCAGCAGCAUCUGAGGGCGCCCCUCCACAAGGGACGUCGCCCACUUCCCGUUCUCGUAGCCGUUACGAUCGCUACCAUAGUUCCCGUCGUCACACCCAGGCUGUUCCCAGCUCGCACACUGAUUUUUCACGAGCACAGCAGUGGGUGGAUGGCAAGACAGAACGACAAGUUCAUCUUGAAUUAAACUUGAAACGGUAUAGUCCUCAGAAUGUGCAGGAGCAUCGUCAGCUGGUACAGGAAUCUCAGCCAGCCCAAACAUUUUAUGACAACAGCCAAGUGUUGGUGUCCCAGGCAGGCUACAUCUCCAUCACUCAGGAGACAGUGCCCAUUAAACCUUCAGCUGCGACCCAUGAGGAGCGCAAGAAAGUUCGACGUGGUGCCAGUGUGAAGUCCGCACUCAACAGCAUGUCGAAGAUGAUUCCUAACAUUGACUUGAUGGGAAAGAGGACCCGUUCACACAGCCUGCCUUCACGGCCACUCCAUGAAGAAGAGUUGAGCAAGAAAGAUUACCAAGCAACAACCUUAGGAAGGCGGAAGGAAAAGAAGCGCAGCUCCCUCAUGUCGACCAUGUCAGGUUUCCUACAGAAGACUCGGCGUCGUGGAAGUAGCCUUUCUCUUAGGUCGUUGUCUGAUUCUGAACAGUCUGAUAUGGACAUCAGUCGACCCAUCCCUCAGCGGACCAUCUGGGAUGAUGAUAGUGACAAUAGUAGCCUACUGUCAGAGAGCACCACAGCUGCUGAUAGCCUCUUUCCUACUAUGAAACAAACAAAAAAAUUCAGUUCCACUAGCAGCAGCAAAGAAAAUUUAGCUUUAACGGCUACCAUGACAGUGGGCACGCCUGUAGAGUCUCCACCCAAGAUGGAGGAGCAGACUUCAGACACCACAGAUGAUGUCCAACAAGAUUCUGAAAGCCUCUUCCCACAGUGGGCGAGUUGAAGCGGUCAGACAGUAGAGAGAAAGACACAGAUGCCAAACAGCCAUCUGGCUCCUCCCGAGUGGGAGGAAGACGUGAAUUCGCGGUGUCUCGUGCUCUGGGCAAAUAUCGUCAACGACAUUCUUCUUCCGCCCACUCCGACGACCAGAGUGGUUCUGAGGAAGCAACACGUGCCAGUAGCAGUGGUUCUGACAGUGGUUCUCGUCCUCCUAGUAAUCAUCAGAUACUGAGCCCACUGCCUCCAGGAGAGCUGCAGCCACAAACGCUGUCUGAUCGACCCCCGGUCGGUCCAGGAGCCCCACCUUCUGAACUGCCCGGACCAGAACCGCUGCCGACUGAUACUGUGUCGACGAGUGAACUACAGCAGGUGAACAAUAAUAUCAGUGACUUGACACGUGACACAGUUACAGAACAAACAACUGGUGGUCAACCUGCCCACCAACUACAAGAUAUAAACAUUCCACCGAAUGUAAAUUU